CCCAUUUUCAUCCGCUUCCACCAUGUGCCCUCCCGUCGACGGCACUCCCGCCAAUGGCUCCAAUGGCCAUGCCAACGCCAACGGUGAAAACGGCGCACCUGGCAACCAUCCCGGAUACUCAGCCAUCCAGUCCUCCCACAACCCCCAUCCGCACCACAAGAGCCCCUACCAGCCCGUCGGCGACUUCCUCUCCAACGUCAGCCGCUUCAAGAUCAUCGAAAGCACCCUCCGCGAGGGCGAGCAGUUCGCAAACGCCUACUUCGACCUCGACGCCAAGAUCAAGAUCGCCAAAGCCCUCGAUGAGUUCGGUGUCGACUACAUCGAGCUGACCUCACCUGCCGCUAGCGAGCAGUCCAGGAGAGAUUGCGAAGCCAUUUGCAAGCUGGGUCUCAAGGCCAAGAUCCUGACUCACGUCCGCUGCCAUCUCGAGGACGCCAAAAUCGCCGUCGAGACGGGUGUCGACGGCCUUGACGUUGUCAUUGGCACUUCCAGCUACCUCCGCGAGCACUCGCAUGGAAAGGACAUGACCUACAUCAAGAACACGGCGCUUGAAGUCAUCGAGUUCGUCAAGAGCAAGGGCAAGGAAAUCCGCUUCAGCUCCGAAGACUCCUUCCGGUCCGACCUCGUCGAUCUCCUCUCCAUUUACAGCGCCGUCGACAAGAUUGGCGUGAACCGUGUCGGUAUCGCCGACACCGUCGGUUGCGCCAGCCCCAGACAGGUCUACGAUCUGGUCCGAACUUUGAGAGGUGUCGUCAGCUGCGACAUUGAAACGCAUUUCCACAACGACACCGGAUGCGCCAUUGCCAAUGCCUACUGUGCUCUGGAGGCUGGUGCCACUCACAUUGAUACCUCCGUUCUGGGUAUCGGUGAGCGCAACGGCAUCACUCCUCUCGGUGGCCUGAUGGCAAGGAUGCUGGUCGCUGACCGUGACUACGUGCUGAGCAAGUACAACCUCAAGAAGCUCAAGGAGGUUGAGGAACUUGUUGCCGACUAUGUCGAGGUCAACGUUCCCUUCAACAACUACAUCACCGGCUUCUGCGCAUUUACGCACAAGGCCGGUAUCCACGCCAAAGCCAUUCUCAACAACCCCUCGACGUAUGAAAUCAUCAACCCUGCCGAUUUCGGUCUGACCAGAUAUGUGCAUUUUGCCAGCAGACUUACGGGUUGGAAUGCCAUCAAGAGCCGUGCCGACCAGCUCGGUCUUAACAUGACCGAUGCGCAGUACAAGGACUGCACUGCCAAGGUCAAGGCGUUGGCCGAUGUUCGGAAGAUUACGCUGGAUGAUACCGACGCAAUCAUCCGCGCGUAUCACCACAACCUUCACAACGAGAAGGAGGUGCCUCUCCUCGAGGGCUUGACCGCCGAGGAGAAGAAGAAGUACAUCGCCGCCGAGCAGGAGCUUUCGUCGGAGAAGGAGAAGCGGCAAUUGGAAGAGACGGCGGAUGUCCAGGCCGAGGUGCCGGCCAACAAGAAGACCAAGACGGUCACCGUCUCAUAGAGGAACUCACACUCGCACGAGUGGGUGUUUGCUUGGAGUUUCGCGCGUUUUCCUUGUCAUGUCCGGGUCCUGGUUUGGGUAUGAAUGCAUUAUUCCGGCUUCGGAAAAGUUGUCUAUUUUUUAUUGUUUCCGAUACCUGAUCGAUCUCCGACCGAACAUGCGGUUGGCUCGAAUCUGUAUGCAUAUAUGUAUAGAGCGCUAGCAGAUCGAUAUCCUGGUGACGAGAGCACAUUGAGGGUGCUAUUUUACAUUCCUUUUGGAUGAAUGGAUGCUCGGAUUGAUUUGUCUCCCGCCCUUAUGUUCAAUCUGUCUCUUACAGUGGGUAUGUAUGCUUGAGUAACUUUAUUAAUCGG